CCAAGAGAGUUCUAGAGAGAGGUGUCAACUAUUUCACCCAAGGAUAUGUACACGGUAUUAAGAUUUUGGACGGAGCAGAAGACAAUGUCAGUUACAGCGAAAUGUUGGCGAUCGAUGCAAAAAAGUUUGACGCCUCACAAAUUUCAUAUUGACAUGCAACAGGAUAAAAUAGUGGAAUCGUACAGCACAUGUAAAGCUUGGUGAGUACUUUUUACUUGGAAAGAUCACAAGUAAUAUCAUUGAAGUCUUUAUAAGUGAGUGAGUGUAUUCAUUUGACUUGGCUUGUAAUCGAACCCAGUGCUGUGUCUUAAAAGUCUGAUGUGAUACAAAUAGGCAAAUAGACAUUUCUCUUGCAUGACAUCACAGCUAUUUGUACCACUAAGCCGACUCUUUGGCAUAAAAUAUUACACACUUCAUUCAGCAGGUCAGUAAUAUGCUAACAAAGUGAAAGUUGUUCUCCUGCAAUGUAUAAAGCACUGAUAAUAAUGAAAUCAAAGUCAGAGAAGAUACUUCUCCCUCACUUACCUUGGAACAUACAGCCUUGUCUGUUGAUAUUGUUCACAUUUAGUUGUACGUGUGGUCUUCUGCGAGCCUUAAUCCAUUGUAGACACUUCGUCAACUGUGUUUUAGCCUUUGAAAAAUGAAUCAACUGGGCCCCUUGUAACUUAGUAGGAUAUCUUUCAUCAGAAUUGCACGUUUCCCGAGCGCAUCUGAGGAUCAUUUUCUUCGUAGCAUUAACUUUUCCAAGCGCACACUACUGACAUCCAGCAUUGCUUGUGGGAGAAUACGGCAAGAGGGGCGUGUCAAGGGUUAAGAUAAUGCUGUUAUCUGAUUGGCUUUUAUUGUACGAGUGAUUAACAGGUCGGAAAGGUCCAUUGACUGCCAACCAUUUCAGGGAGUACGCUGCCUUCUGCCCAUUGAUAGGUGGGAUAGGCUCCAAUACGCCCACGACCCUCGUGAGGAUAAGCCGCUCAGAUAAUGGAUGGAUGGAUAUUUCAAAUCCUCCAGAUCAGCCUUCCAAACCUGAGUGCCACAUUCCAUGUGAUGACAUUUGCGGAGUUGAUAUUCACUGUCGCUGGAAUCACAGAUUUGAUGCUCAGAUCCCCACAAGCUACAGUCUACACUGGGAAACAGCAGACCGCAUAGAGGGCCAUGUGAAUACUGGGACCCGUUUGAGUGGGUUUGUCCACCGUGAACACUUUUCCAUGAACAGUGAACUUCGUGUUUGGGUCCAGGCUGAGAAUAAACACGGGUCUGCCAAAUCCCAAGUGGUUGUCUUCAAUACAGAAGACCUAACAAAGCCAUCGCCUCCUAUAAUUACAUGGAGUCAUGAAGAUCCUUUGGAAAUAUCAUGGAGUUCUAUCUGUAGUGAGAUGCAUCUCUCUUUGGGAUCCUGUGAUGUGCGAUAUCGGAUUCAAGCAGAAGAACUCUGGGAAGAGGAUGACGUUGGAGCUCAAGUCAACUAUGAAUUUAGUGGUCCCGCUCAACCUGGUGUAGUCUAUGAAUUCCAGGUUCGCUGUUCCUGUGCCACUGGCUUGGUCAGCGACUGGAGUGCAACCCACAGAAUAAGAAGUGCUGAGGAAGCUCCUACUGGACAAAUGGAUGUAUGGAAGGAUUGUGGCGUGCUUACAACUAAUGCUGAUUGUGUUAUGACUUGGAAGAAGCUUCCUAUAUCUCAGGCUCACGGACACAUUAUGGGUUAUGAAGUUACGCUGUUCUCCAAACACAGCACGACUGUAUUAGUAAAUAUUUCUGUCGCUGACCCGAGGGGCUUGUUGGUGUGUGAUGAGCUAAAGUGCUACCUCAACUCGACUUUAAAGAGUGUGUCAUCAGCCAGUGUAUCAGCCUACAACGCCCAUGGUGCUACAGUGCCCUCUCUCCUCACAAUUCCAACAGCAGGUAACGUGAGAAGUGGGAACUUUAUUGAUGUCAAGAUGAAUAUGGAAAAUCUCACAGUUUCAUGGCAGCUGCCCUCUCAACACCCCAAUACCAGACCAUUUAAGGAAUAUGUGGUCCAAUACAAACAAACGGGGCGUCUUCUGGGGAAAGGAUUUGACUGGAUCAGAGUGAACAAAAGUUGUACUACAGUUACAUUUACAGGUCAUUUUAAAAGGUACUGGCCCUACCAAGUAUCACUAUUUACAGUUACACCCGAUCAACAAAGCCAUCACGUUUCAUCGGUCAUUAGUUACUCUUGUCAUGGAAUUCCGGCUAAGGUGCGCUCAUUUAAAGUCAUUUCCAUCGCUGAGACACAUGCAACCCUGUUCUGGGAGCCUGUUCUGCUGUCCAUGCAGAACGGGCAGGUCCUCUCCUACGAAAUCGGCGUUCACGGACAAAUGGCAGUGUACAACGUGAGCGCCUCCCCUCAGGAUCAAAAUAACACAUUUGAGCUGCAGAAUCUCAGCGCGGACCAGGAAUAUGAAGUGUGGAUCAAGGCUGUGACCAAAGCUGGGCCAGGACCCAAAGUCACCACCAGUUUCAUCACAAAGCAACAACAUCAUCUUCAGUUAAAAUCAAAAUCACAUUUAUUAUCACUCCUGAUCCCAGUCAUAAUAUGCUGUGUUUUGGUUUUUCUCAGUUUUCAUAAAGGAGCAAGCAAGGCAUGUCUCUGUAUGAAUGAGAAAGUACCAGAUCCGUACAAUAGCACAAUCUACCAAAUGAUGACGUAUCAGGCGAAUGAGUCAAUAAGUUGGAUUUCCAUACCAAUCUUUGAACCACAUCCCACUGUGUCUGCGUUGGAGGUAGUAGAAAUCCAGCGUCCUCUAUGUGAGGACCAAACAAAAUCACCAGUUUCCUCAGAAGGAUGUACAAGGAAACAUCGAUAUGGUAAAGGAGAGUACAGCAAAAUGGUGGACUCUGAAGAUGAAAAGGACAUGAGCAAGGUGACAGGUCGAGAUGAUUGUUGGAGCUCAACAGAGGAAGAACAAGACUCAUCAGGAUAUGAACGGCACUUCCUACCAACUGCUGAGGAAAUACUGAAUUCUUGAUAGUGUAGUUACAGUAACACAGUCAUUUAUGAAUGUGUUUUGACCAGCUGGUUGGAACUAUGAGUUCCAGUUUGUGUCCUAACUUUCAUGCAUAGUGUAGUGGGGAAAAAAGUCGGGAAUUAUUUCUUGUUGUUAACACCUUGCACACGUGCAGAUAAACGGUAUUGUAUGGUAUGUAUGUAUGUAAUGGUUGAAAAAUCUCAUGAGGAAUGCAGUAUUAGCUGAGUCAGCCAUUACAUUUUUUUUUUUUUACACAACCCACUAUAAAUGUAUACAAAUAAGACCAUUUGAUUUUUACGCUAUACAUGUGAAUGAAAGCACUUGCCAAGAGCUGCUUAAUGUAUUUUGCUGGAAAGGCCAGUUUUUCCAGGGUAUUUUUUUCCACGGUUACAUUGUACUUUUUAUAUUUUCUUGGUAUAAAGUGUAAUUUUGAAUGUACAGCUGUUGAAAUAAACAUUUUGUAAACAAAAGCUACAAUAAAAUUUGUUUAGACUAUGUA